AUGACGAGCAAUUGCUUCUAUGGCGUCGGGCUCUACACGCUCCCGCUGCCGCUCGUGUCGGUGGUUGAAUACGGAGAGCAGAUCAUCCGAGUUGGCAGCCAGGAAUUGCUCCGCGGGCGCCCGGACCUGAUCGCGCGCGGGCUGUUCGGGUUCAACUUCUCCCGCUACGAGGGCAAGCGCGUUGUGACUAUAGAGGGCGAGCCGGCGCUCCCGUUUAUCGCGCGGUGGGCGGACAAGUACGUGGGGACGUUCCGCAGCGCGGGCGCGCGCCUGAACGCGGCGCUGGCGCACCGCACGGUGAAGGGGCUGGGGGAGAUUGACGGGAGUCAAGGCGCAUUCACGGUGCGCUCCAUUCCGCCACGGAAAGACGCGCUCACGAUGCUGAUCCACGUGAACCCUGCUUCCGCUCCCGAGCGGGUGGUGGUUCCGUGGAUCGCGGAUUUCCCGCGAGGCGCGUUCAGCGACAGCCGCAGCUACUGGCUCGCCUUUUGCCGGAAAGCGGGGGAGGGGGAAGAUGUGGGGGGAAGCACCACGGAAGGUUCCGCCGCUUCUGGCGGUGGUGGCGGUGGCGCUAAUGAUGUUGAUGAUAUCAGUAUUGUUAGUGGGAAUGCAAGUGGUGAUAAUAACGGGGGUGAUAGUAACGGGGGUGACAAGCUGGCGAAGGAAAAGGGAGAGCUGGGUAUCAGCAAGGCGGGUGGGCUGAGAGGUUUUUCCGUAGCAGUAGGUUCAGGUGGGCCGAAAAAACGAGUUCCUUUAGCGGAUGCGACUGUAGUGGGGAUGCUGGCGCCAAGGCGGGAUCUGGACCCGCCGCCCCUGAGAGUGCGGGAGGUGGGGGUGGUGGGGGAGGAAGGAGGAAAAACGAAAGGACUCAACUCUGUAGCUGAUGGUGCUGCCGCUACAGCUGGUGGUGCUGGGAGCUCGACUAUGGGUGACGCUGCUGCUGGGGGAGGUGCAUCUGGGGCGGGUGCGACUGCUGCCGCCCCUGCCGCCGCCCCAGCCGCCCCGCAGCAGACAGUGCGGCUGUCAGCAGACGGCGAUCUGUUCCCCGUGCUGCUGCUGCCGGAUGAAACAGCAGUCGUGUGGCUGCACACGUUCAGCACCAAGGGAUUGGAUAUCUCUGCUACCGGCCUCACUCCCUCGCAGUAUCUCUACGCGGAGUCAAUGCGGGCCCUCAGCCUUGCCACGAGGCGUGGCAAGCGAAUUGUGCUGGACGUGCGGGGAAACAGCGGAGGCAUUAUCCAGACCGCCUAUGGAGUGGUGAGGGCGUUGGCAGGGCCUGCUAAGACCCCCCCCGGGCAGCUGCAGAUGCCUCAGCAGCUGAUGAUCGGAAACGAGUACACUGCGCGACUCAUUAGAAGCAGCGCCACAUUCUUUUAUAACGCGUCGAAUUAUUGCAACGAGGCAGAGACCGCUGGGUUGAAAGGACCCGCGGAUUUUGGGCCGUUUCAGGAGAUUCAGUACUCGACGGACGGGCAGGCUGGAAAAUAUUCUGCCCGGGUGAAGCUGACCGAGAUGCUGACGCUGUACGACCAAUCAGAUGAUUUCAGCGGGCUGCCCAUGGUGGUUGUUUCUGACGGAACCUGCUUCUCUGCCUGUGCGGUUCUAACUCACAUCCUAAAACGGAAAUUCAACGUCCCCAUGGUGACUGUCGGAGGGCUCAAGGACCGGCCAAUCGCAGUGAGCUCGUCGUGCCUAGGUGGCACGCUCGGGUCGCUCGACGACGGGAUCUCGCUGCCACUUGUCGGCACGCCAUUGGCCGACGAUCCCAGAGCUACCAAGCCAUUCAAAAUGCAGAUCGACCUGGCGUUUGCGAUGCUGCAGGCAUACGGGUCUGAGAAAGGCGACAAUCAAGGAGUGGGUGGAGGGCAAGAGAUUCCGUGCGAGUUUGAUUUCUUAGAGGCGGACGCGCACAUUGAUUUGAGUAUGGAAAUGGUGGAGCUGCCUAAAGUGCUAUGGGCUGCUGCGGCGGCCCUGCUUCAAAAGGGGAUGAGAUGA